AUCGCUGUCUCACAGUGACCUGUACUCGGUGCUGUACCUACACUGCUAAGUAGAGAGGUCAUCAACACCAGCGACAUACCUAAGCACUUACCUGGGCUACGGACGGCGUUUUCUGCCUUGAAGCCGAUUUCUUCCACCGUCGCCCAAUUUGAUAUAGAUGUGAACGCACAUUUCACCAAUCCAUCUGUUGAUUCAUUACAUCUACAGCGUGAUUUCUAUCAGACCGGACAGGACAACAGUACGCAUACGAUUCGUCUUGGGAUCCCCGUCGCUACUUUCGCAUCCGUUCGGGCUCGGUCGGCGCAGCUGCGUAGAUGACCAUCGAAAAUGCUUCACAAACCUCCUCACAUCUUUCGAUGAACGCGCUGUAAUAUUCAUGAGUCUUCCCUAUCUUGAGAGAAGUGACCAAUGGAUGCCCCCCGGCAGCGAGGUGGCCCGGGCCCAGGCCUCGGCCGUGACAUGAGCAGGGCCGAGAAGUUUGAGGAAGAGAAGCGGCGCAUUGUCGAGAGUUGCUUCAACAAGAAGGACACAGAUGGGUCUAUCCUAGAAACUUACAUCACUCACAUUCGUAUUACCGAGUACGCAUCGCAUCCGACAAGCCCUCCUCCACCUGAAAGUCGAAGGGAGUCAGAGAAGCCCCGCGUCAUUAUCGUAUCUGUGCGGAAGUCGGGCCGCGUGCGCAUGCAUAAAUCUAAAGAGAAUGCAAAUGGAACUUUUUCCAUUGGGAAAACAUGGGAUCUUAACGAGCUCACCGCAAUUGAAUCGUUCACUGCGUCCACUGUCGAACCACAGAAGCGGCAAUGGGCCGGCGACACCGGUUUCAUCGUUAAUAUUGGGAAACCGUACUACUGGCAGGCCCAUGCGGAUAAAGAGAAGAAAUUCUUCAUUGCAAGUCUGAUCAAGAUAUAUGGUAAAUACACUGGCGGUGGCCAGCCAGAGCUGAGGGGCUUUGAUCCUCGUGAACAAGACCAAGUCCUCGGUUCGCGAAAACCGCCGCCACCCCGACAACCACCACCUCCCUAUGAUGCUGGUCUCCCGCGACCCGAACAGACGGGUACCCCUCCGCGGCCGUCGCCCAUUCCUCCCCGACCUGAUGCCAAAGUCCCAAUACCCUCUUCACGGCCCGAUGGCCUACCUCCCCCGAGAGCUCCCUCCCGACCCCCAUCAAGACCAGAUUCCCGACCUCAAUCACGCUCGCGACCUGAACCGAAGCCAUUAUGGGUUGAGUCAUCACCCGCACAGACGACACCUGCUUCGUUCCCUAGUCCUCGACCUAGUCAACAGCCAUCAACACCAUCAAUUCGUAAUUUUGGGCCUCCAAACGGCAAUUCUUCUCCAUCUCCGAGUGUUGAAUCAGGCCGCAUUUCCAACCAACCCCCUGCCCUACGGAAAUUAGCUUCAAAUAAAAGUCAGGAUUCUCUCGCAGCGUCAUUUACCACAGCAAAAAGUGACGAUGCCGGUAGUAUCCCACCGCGAUCUCGCGGUGGCAUAUCGGGAUCUGGACCUCCUGGGAGACUCGGGGAUCCCCCAGAUAUGCCCCCUUCUCAAGUAGAUCUCCCAGACAGGAAAAGGCCACCAAUGGAUCCUCUCCGGCCUCAAGGCGCUACGGACAAUGAUCUAGUACCCGCACCUUUGAUGAGCCAGGGUAGUCGAAGAGAACCCCCACCCCGGAGCAGCGAACGAAUUGUAGCUCGAAAUGACUUGGGUGAGAGUCGCCCUGAGAGUAGCCGGACAGAAAAAUCAGAUUUGGCAUCUGAGCCCGCCAAAGAAGUCUCAACCAUUAUGGAUAACAGUCUGAAUGGUACCACGGACGCUUCCAUAUCUGAAAACCCAGCACCAGAAGCUUCAUCUACUGGUUCACCCAAUGAAGAAGAAACACGACCAGGGUUGGGACCUAUGAUCAAAGCAAAAAGAUCCCAGCAAAAGCUAGCAGGUACAUUAUGGAAAGCUGCCUCGGCUGCAGGCACCUUUAAGCCUCGACCAGGGGGGGCGGGAGAGCGAUUACGAGAAGCCGCAAAAAAGGCCAUCGCGGAGGGCCCAGAUGGCAUUACCAGCGUAGUACCUGCUCCUCCUCGUCCCACACCUCAGGCUGAGGUAUCCAAACCCGUCGAACCCACGCAAAAAUCUGAUGAUAAACCGGUAUCUGUUCCUGAGGUUAAGAUCACAGUGCCUAGCUCCAGUCAACCUACAAGUCUGGAAAUUACCCCCAAAGAAGUCCAAAUGAAACAGCUUGAAGAAACACGCAAAAAGGAGGAGGCACAACGGAUAGCCAUCACUGGAAAUGAUACUAAGUAUUUCUCCGCCCUGGGUGUAGAUACUACCCUCCUAGCGGAUACAGCCAUGGAGUUCGCCAGAUGGCUAGACCAUUUCGGCUGGGUGCCAGGCAACCAAAUGCGAUCUCGCAAUUAUGAUGAGAUGAAACUGGAUAUUGAACGGGAACUCAAUAAAGCACAAGCUGGUGGCUGGGUUGCUCGCUUCCAAGAAGAAGACGAGAGGGUUGAUGCUAUCAAAACCGGGCUAGAUGCCGCUAUUACCGAAUGUGAUGAGCUUGAUAACCUCUUAACGCUAUAUAGUGUGGAACUUUCGACAUUGUCCGAUGACAUUGCCUACAUAGAAGCCCAAGGGCAAGGACUCCAAGUACAGGCAGCGAAUCAGAAGCUGCUUCGCAACGAGUUAGAGUCACUUCUAGAUAUCUGUGCCAUCACUGCCGAUGAUCUACAACCGCUCAAGACAGCCCCAUUGGAGACUGCUUCUGGGCUGGAAGAAAUUGAAGGGGCACUAGUCACCCUCUAUAAAGCGAUGAUGAAGAUUGAUCCUUCUGUGGCAGGACCAGAUAUGCGAAAAAGCGAAGACACAAGCAUGAAUGAACAACAGACAAGUCUCAAUCCCGAUUAUGGCAAGAUGCGCAUUGUCCAGGAAAAGAAGGAAAUGUAUUUGUCAGAAACUAAGUUUUUCUUAAAUCGAUUAGGUGGUUUCAUGUCUCGUCAAUUCGACAAAGCCAUCCAAGAGACCAAGUCUGCCAUUGCUGGUGCCUUGUCCAAGAAGGUUGAUCCUCGGAACCAUGACGCCGGACGGGCUCUGCUCUGGCAAUAUCAUCCGUUAAUUUUGUACGCUCGGGAAGUGAACCUGGGAGAGUGGGAUCGGUAUCUCCACAUCUAUCAAGAAAAGAAUAAUCCCCUUUAUCGAUCGCAAUUCAAGGACAUCCUGGAGGUAUGGAAGCGAAACGCAAGGAAACCAGCAAGCGAGGAAUCAGUACUACUUUUCACAGCCCAGAUAGAAAAACAGCAAGAAGGCACAAUGGCAACAGCCAGAAGAGUCACUGUCAAGCGAAGUCAAACCUUAGCGAGGACUCUAGGUAGGCCUCUGGGUGAGGGGAGCAAGACGAAUUCUGAAAAAGGACAAGAUGGUCGCAGUCAUCCUUAUGAAAUCUUUGCUGGCGUUAUGGACGAUCUACUCCCUCUUGUUGCUAUCGAGCAAAAUUUCAUUGUCGACUUCUUUCAUGCCACAACCUUAGAGACCGCAGAUUUCCCAGACCUAGUAGCGAUGACACGGCCACGCGACCGACAAGGUGGUGACUUGAAGCGCCACCGGCUCAUGGAGCCUGACCGUGAUUUGGCCAGGAGGGUCACUCGAGCAAUGGAGGCCAUAUUUAUCUUUUUGGAGCAGGACCUUCAGAAUCUGAUCCUCUGGGUUCUGGCACAGGAUCCAUUGCAAGGAGUUGGCAUUCUAGCCGUCCUAGAGCGCAAACAAGUAGAGAUGACAUCAUCCAACCAGGACUUCUUGAACAAUGUUCUUCAGAAACUUAACGGAACUCUUGAAUCUCGCUUUUCCAAGUUUGUCGAAGAACAAAUUCGCGCGAUCGAAGACACAAAAGUAAAAAUCAAGAAGCGCAAAGGCGUUAUCUCUUUCAUGCGCGUAUUCCCAAAUUUCUCUGCCGCAGUUGAGAACAUGCUUUCGAUGACAGAUACGGCGUCUUCUGUUAGACGAGCCGUAGACAGGGAAUAUGAGCGAAUCAUCAAAUCCAUGUUUGACUCUCUCAAAGUGAUUGCUAGAGAGAACCCGGCAACACUAACAAGCAGCGGUGCUGACCCCGAGGACAAAGAGGCGCUGAACUAUCACAUUCUCCUGAUUGAAAAUAUGAACCACUUUUCAGAAGAACUUAAUACUCAUGGUCUUGAGGUACUUGAAGAUUGGAAGGAAGCUGCUGCUAGCGAGAUGGCGGAGCACAUGGGUCUAUAUCUCAAUGCCGUAAUGCGCAGGCCCCUAGGAAAAUUACUAGAGUAUCUAGAAAACCUUGAGGCCCAGAUCGCGUCAGGAAAGACCAUUACAAUCAUCGCCGCACAGCCUAGCAAUUCCAAGGCAACGUUCAACAAAAUCCUAAGUGCGUAUGACGGGCGCGAAGUUCGCAAGGGCAUUGAAGCGCUACGCAAGCGGGUUGAGAAACAUUUCGGCGACGCGGACGACCCAAGUCUGAGUCGGGAACUAGUCAAUCGCGUGUUGCGAGAAUGUGAGAAAUUCUAUAACGAGGUCGAGGUGCGCAUCUCGACUAUCACGACGACGGUGUACGGUGGCGAUGUCCUAUUCGAGUGGCCACGGGCCGAUGUGAAAAUAGCCUUCUCUACCACGGGUCGGUAGGUCGGAUCCGGUGACUGGGGGGGUAUUCAUACAUCAUUUAGUCUGCGGGGAUAUGGGCGAGGAUAUCGCCUCGGGGAGAGCGAUGCGAGUAGCUGGCGUGACGAUAGUAGCUCGGUUUAAAUGUAUUAGCAUGGUAUUUGUACAUGAUGAUGAGCAAAAGACAUAUAUUCCAGAUUCACUCUUAUGUGGCAUGGCGCAACUUGAUAAUCGUAGGUAUUUUAUAUGAUAGACACUACCCAGGGGACACACCCACCAAGGGGUUCACGCAAGAUGUAAUGGGGUUUCCAUUAACGUAAUAUUCUAGCGUCCAAAUCAUA